AAAUUCUUUCCGAGCUUGCAUCUCGCAAGGUAGAAUCUUUACCGCAGUUCAAUCUUGACCAAAAUAAAAGCGAUAUAACAAUCGAGCGUGAACCUCUUAGGCCAACAUGUUUGGCCUGUGGUAUCUCGUCUUUUGAUAAUGUAGAGCAACAAAGAGCUCACUACACGUUGGAUUGGCAUCGAUUCAAUGUUAAACGCCGUUCGAUAAAUAUCGAAGCUGGAAAGUCGGACUAUAUUCCCGUUACAGAACAAGAAUUCGAAGAAUUUACGGGUGAUGUUUUAUCGAGUAUUUCUGGAUCUGAGAGUCCGGGAUCUGAUUCGUCAUCUCAGAAUGAUGAUAUCGCAACCCUUGUGGAAGAAUUUGAAAACCUUAAUAUUCAUAAAAAAGGAACGUCGGUUAAAGGGAACCAAAGAAAAUCGGCACCAAUAUUGUGGUUUACCGGUUCUAAUAUUUUGGCUGAUGGGGUUUAUCUUGGAGUUUACAGGAACACCCUUUACAGUAAAGGUGACGGUCUUGGUAACCCUAUUAAUGAUAUCAAGAGAUUACAAGUAACAUCGAACGAACAGCAAAGGUACUGGACGAUGCUUAUGAUCGGUGGUGGUCACUUUGCCGGACUUGUUUUAGACAUAGUUCUGAAUUCAAAAGUUGCGAAUCCCAAGGAGGUUAAAUCUUUCUAUUCUCACAUGUUAGCACGUAGAAAACAAGGCGGUAGUCAAAUGAAUAGUGAUAAUGCAAAAGGAAAGGCAAAAUCAGCUGGUGCCAGCAUAAGGCGAUAUAAUGAAUCUGCACUGCAAGAUGAUAUUCGUCUUUUGCUUGAUCAAUGGAAGUCUAUGAUUGAUCAGAGCGAACUUGUUUUCAUGACUGAAGAAGCACUGCAGGAUCAUGAAAAGAAAUCCGAAAGUAUGCAACGAUCUAUCAAGGAUAAACCUCCCCUCGAUAUAAGAGAAGACAAAUCUAUUGAGGCAACAAUCAAGUCUACUAAACCUGAUCCUCUAGCGUCUGAUGCUGUCCUGAAGCUCAUUAACCUAAUUAAACAAGGAAAGUUAGAAUUGAUGAAAAACCAUAUUUCUAAACAUUCACUUGAUAUACUAGGUUUACUUCCUAAUACUCCUGUCGCCGAAAAUGACAUUAGCAAGACUCCAACUUUGCUUCAUCUAGCGUCAUCCUUAGGUCACAAUGACAUUGUUAAAUAUUUGUUGAUCGAAAAUUCUGAUCCUACAAUUUUGUCAACGAGGAAUAUGACGCCAUAUGAUCUAGCAAAGGAUAAGGAGACGCGUAAUAUCUUUCGUAGACAUAUGGCAGAUCAUCCUGAACAAUGGGACUGGUCUUCUGCACAUCUACCUA